AUGUAUCAACUUCCAAAGAUUGUAUCAUAUGAAAAAAUUAUCAUUAAUAGUGAUAUGGAAAUUUCGGAUUAUUUAAACUUCAAAAGUUUCAAUGCUGAAGAAAUUUCAAUUACAACGAAUAGUCAGUUAAUAAUUCGGAAAGGAUCUUUUCCUGACAUGGAAAAUCUCAAAAAAUUAUAUAUCCAAUCAAACAGCCUUGUUUUUGAAGAGGGUUCAAUUGUUAAUUGUAAAAGACUUGUUGAUUUUAAACCUAAGGCUGAUGAAAUUGUUGAUUUUAACGCUAAUGCAAUCAAAAAUAUUCGAAUUGAAAAGUUUUUGAUUGAAUCAAAUUAUUAUUUAAAUAUUGGAAGUUUCAGUGAUUGUUCUAGAUUGGAGCAAAUCGAAUUAGCUGAAGGAACAGUAGCUUUUACAGCAGGGUAUUUUAUCAAUUGUCGUCGUCUCAAAACUGUUAAAACAUUAUGCAAAGGAGAUGAUUGUAUGAUUUAUCAAGAUAAAUCAUAUUUGCUGAAGAAAAUUAAUACAUCAAAUUUAUUGGAAAUAGUUAAUUCUUCUGAAUUGUUAUUUGUAAACAGAGGGACGAAAGUAGCCUAUGUCAAAAAUCCAUUUGAUUUGUAUUCUUUCACAAGUCUGGAUUCAUACUCAUUAAAGUUCUAUUAUGAUGUUCCAUGGGAUAAACUGAAAGAAGUUUGCAAAGUUUCUGAUUUGAGAUAUAUUUUUGGAAAAAAUCUUACACCACCAAACAGAAACCAAUUCAAAUGUAAUGAAAAAGGUUGCUAUGUAUAUUGUGAUAAGAUUGAAAUGCAUGAAGAAGUUAGCACUCCAAUGCCAACUAUUGAUAUCAAGCUAAAAGAUUCAGCAGUUGAAUCUGACAAUAAAAAAAUAAAAUACUCAGAAUCGAGUAUUAUCACACAAAUUUUUACAGAAACAUUAACACAAAAAGCCAUUGUUGUUGCUUCGGAAACACUAGAUGAAAAUGGAUCAAUAAUAAAUACAGAAAGUACUUCAUAUAUAAUAGAGGGCACUUAUAUGAACGUAGAAGUUGUUGCUCAAACUUUGAUAUUGAUUGAAUUCAAAGAAAAUGGCGAUACUACAAAAAGCCAGAUUAGCAAUGGACAAUUACUUGCUUUAAUUUGUGGAGAAUGCGUUAUUGCAUUUUUAGUUGCAUUUCUUGGACUUUUCCUCUAUAGAAGAUCUCAUGAUAAAUCAGAUUCUGAAGAAGAAUAUUCAGAAAAUGAGAUGGAAAUGGAAGAUGAUAUUGGGCAUGUAAUUUAUUCUGACGAUGAAAGAAUAAUUAGUGAUGAAGAAAUUGAGAGAAUUAAUGUGUUAUAG